UUGCACAAGUCCCGUGACAAACAAGAUGUUAAAAUCCUCAAUUUCAGACCCGACAGUUCGUGUUAUUCCCUCGGAGAGACUUCGGGAGUUCUUGAAAGAUCACGUGAAGGAAAAAUCAGCAUUGCCUGUGAAUGUUCAACGAUUCCUUGGGAUAGAAGAAAAAAACAAAGCAAUAACAAAAACAAACAAAACUAUCAUUCAAUUCUCUCCAGAAGAACAAAAAGCCCUACGCCAUUUGAAUCAAGAAGACAUCGUAUCACGAAUCGAGGAAAAUCAAGAGGAUGACUCAAAAAACGAAGUGCCCUCAGGCGUGGAAGAUCUAUCAAAGUCGACGACCGUUCAAGAUGCUCUGCAAAAAAUUGAAGAAAACUCAGUGCCCGAUACGAAACCAAACAACUCUCUAAACAACUCUGACCUGAAAUGGAUUUACAACUUUUUAUGCGAGACACGAAAAACAGAUACUGAUACGCCAUAUCUGCAUGAAUUAUUGGAAGAAAGCGAAUUAAUUCUGCCGGAAAAUCAUUUUGUCGAGAGAAAUCCCGUGCUCGAAGAACGAUGCAAAAAACUACGGAAGGAACAAGAGCAACGAGAAUACAACAAAAUGACCAAAAACGUCGACAGUGUUCGUAAACGAGAUCCCGAAGACACAAUUGGAUAUCAGAUGCGUGCAAUCAACAGUCAACUAAUUGCAAUACUGCAGUUUUUAUUCUCCGUAGCUGCUGGAUUCGCUUUUGGAUUUGUUGGCAUUGCCCUGAUUGUGGGAGACUUGGAUUUUGGUUUUAGACUUUUGUUGGGUAUCAUGUUUGCUCUGAUAAUUGCUCUGGCAGAAAUUUACUUUUUAGCAAAGAAACUAAACGAAGACUACGAAGUCAAAACAGAUGGGCCAACGUACAAUGAUUAUUAUGGAGCAAAAGAAACGACAACAAAAACCAAAAAAGACAAUUAAAAUUCAAUAAACAGUACAUAUUUAAAAUUUUAUUUAUUUAUUGUGAAAUGAUUUUUUUUUAUCACUGAGCAACAAAGUUUAUCAGAAAAUUUUAUUGAUCAAUUUCAAGCUUAAAAUCAUUAAAUAUGCUUUCAA